AUCUUAACUACGACGCCAGACGCAACAUUGCAAGCCAUCAUUCCGUUGCUAAACAAGGUCACUGGGCUUCCAGUCCUUGACAGUAACGGAAGUGUUGUGGGAGUAAUUAGUCGAAAGGACAUUAUCCGUGUCCGCAAGUCUGGAGGGCUUAUGACCGAGAAGGUCCAAAAGCACAUGACUAGCCCGGCGCUUACCGUUCCUUUGCGCGCAACUGUUCAAGAGGCGGCUGACUUGAUGCUCAAGUACGCCAUUCGCCGUUUGCCUGUCGUUGAUGAUGACGGUCAUCCUCUUGGCUUGAUUUCCCGUUCCGACAUUUUUAAGCCGCUU